ACCGUGAAAUUCCAUAGGACAUGUGGGCUUAUAAAUAUCGUCCAGGACCUAGUGAGCGAGUAUUUUGCAGUGUUCUGUGGACACGAGAGUUAGAAGGUGGACGGUUAAAACUUUAAAUCAUGAUUUUAGACAUCCAUACCAGUGUAAAUAUGUUAAACACAGCGGACACGCAGAAUUGUUUUUCUCCAUCGCCAAUCUGUGACCAAACUGACAAUGAAGAUUCUGGAAGUGAAGGCUGCUUAUUAACUGAAGUUCCUUUUCACAACCUGGAUGUUGAAGGCUACGACUGCAGGUCUUCGACAACCUGUAGCACUAAUGAAGGAGACGGGAAUUCUCUGGAUUGUUGCAAAGAAGGUACUGACAGCGACGGGGAAAAGGAUUCUGGAAUAGAAUGUCCAAAGAAUGCGGAUGAUUUUCCUCAACCCGACAAAGUUGUGGUGGAAAAUAUCGUGAAACAAGUAGAGUACUACUUUUCAAAUGCAAACCUUCUGAAAGAUCCCUUUCUUUUAAAACAUGUCCGGCGUAACAAGCAGGGAUAUGUAAGUCUUAAACUUAUUACCUCUUUUCGAAAAGUUAAGAGCUUUACAAAAAACUGGAGAGUCGUUGCUUGUAGUUUAAGGUACUCAAAAGAAUUAGAAAUAAACGAAGAAGGCACCAAAGUCCGGCGUAAAGAUCCAUUACCAGAUUACGAUGAGACACCACCAUCUAGAACUGUAGUUGCAUUUAAAUUACCUUUUGAAAAGCCAACAGUGGAAAAAAUUGGAGAAAUAUUUUCCAAAUAUGGCACGAUUACUCUUAUUAGAAUCAUUCAUCCAAGUAAAGCCAUACCGGCAGAUAUAAAGACAUUUCUUUACAAGCAUCCCGAAAUAGGUUCUAGUGUUUGUGCCCUGGUCGAGUUUGAGAAUCGUGAGAGUGCUUGUCGCGCUUGGAAUGGAUUUUUUCCCAAGAGUAUUGACUGGAGGUCAAUGCAAGUCAUUCCACUUGUUCCAAAAGAUUAUUUCAAUGUGAAUAGUAAUGGUGAUGAAAAUAAAAACAAAGGAAAUGAAUUAAAGAAAAGGAAAAAUGGAAAACGACAGGCUCGUGCGGGACAGCUUAGAAAAGGAGAAACUCCCACAGGCAAUGGAUGUCCAGAUAAAGGAAAAUCGUUUAUAGAAUCAACCAGAUUAUCUGCCAGCCCAAAGUCCACCUCAACUUGGCCAAAAUGGAACCAGGAACCAACAUUUCGUCGCAAUACUUUUACUGCCAAUCACAGGAGUUCUAAUGGACCCAUAAGUUCUCAAAACAUCAGUAAACCCUUAGUCUGUCCAAUGUCCAACAACCAUUCUGAUGGUGACUCAUUAAAACCCUUCAUUAGUCCUUGGGUCCAACGGCGACUGACGCAAGGAAGAGAAAGAGGAUGCACUUUUCCUACUCAUAAUACUCGGCUACUGAUCCCUGAUGGUGUAAUUAGGCUUCCCAAAGGUCCAGACGGCACAACCGGCUUCAACUGGAGCCUAUUAAAGCUUCGCACCCAGUCUGCUCCAAUUUAAUUCAUGACUUGUUUUUUUAUGUACAUAUGAAAAAAAAACACGUUAUCCUGCAUUGUAAUAUAUCAUCUGUGUGUUAAGUUUUGUUUACAUUAUCUUUUCGAUUAUAUUAUUGCUCAUAGUAUUAUUAUGUAAAUAUGUUUUGUACAGAUAAAUACAAAAAUGUGACGAUGUAUAUUA